AUGCCUCGUGAACGCGCAGCACCACGUCGUGGGGCUGCUACCAAAGUGAAAUAUGUUUUUGAGGAUGAUGACGAAAUCAUCAGCGUUCCAAGUGUUCAAUCUGAAGAUGACUUUCAUGCAAUUGACCAUGGUCAAGGCAAAGACAAAGUACUGGAACUCCCCAAUGUUCCACCUCCGCCACCUCCGCCACCUCCACAACAAACGCCUGUUUCGUCGGGAGAUUCAGAGACUUUUGCCUUCUCGAUUACCAACAAGUAG